AUGAGACUUGAAGGCAAGGUUGCGCUAAUCAGCGGCGGGGCGCGGGGUAUGGGCGCUGUGGAGGCUCGGCUGUUCGUAAGCGAGGGCGCUAAGGUUGGCAUCGCGGACAUUCGCGAGGAGGAAGGACGCGCGCUCGAAGCGGAAAUCAAAGAAUCGGGCGGCGAUGCGAUGUUCGUCAGCCUUGAUGUUACGGAUGAGCAGCAGUGGUCGGACGCGGUUGACGCGGUGAUGACUGCCUACGGACGGCUGGACAUUCUUGUAAAUAACGCUGGUAUAUUCGCGCGCGCCACGGUGGAAGAGACCAGCGCCGCCGAUUGGGACCUCAUGCUGGACAUCAACGGCAAGGGUGUGUUUCUCGGGACGAAGGCUGUCCGCGGGUGGACGGCAUACAACGCCUCUAAGGGCGCGGUGCGGCUGCUCACCAAGUCAACGGCGGUGCAGCACGCAGCCGAGAACAUCCGCGUGAACUCGGUGCAUCCGGGUCCCAUCGAGACGGACAUGCUGGAUCUCGUGUAUCCGGAAGAUGGGAUGCGCGAAGAACGCGCGGAGAACAUCCCGAUUCCUCGCAUGGGAGCCUCCGAGGAUGUGGCUUACGGUGUGCUGUUCCUGGCGUCCGAUGCGGCGUCGUAUAUGACGGGCAGCGAACUGGUCAUAGACGGGGGAGUUACGGCGACUUAG